AUGGCUCUACCCAUUGACCUGAUGCCUCUGGCCACAGAUGACUGCCCCAGGAAUGGACACAUGCUUUUGUUUUCCUCCAAGAGAAACUGCAAGGGGGCGGAGGAGCUGGCGACCGACACAGCUGAGUCCAGGAUCCGUGUCCCUGUGAAAAGGACUCUGGAUUUCGACCCGCUGCUGAGCCCGAGCCCGACGUCCCUGAAGCGGCGGCGAUGUGCGCCAUUGUCGACGCCCACCUCGGCCACCAUCGCCUCGCGCCUCGUGGCGAAGCACCUCCGAAUGGAGCCGUCCCCCUUCAGCGAUGUCUCGUCCCGCCUCACCACAGAACAAAUUCUGUACAGCAUAAAACAAGAGUAUAAACGCAUGCAGAAGAGAAGACAUUUAGAAACUUGUUUUCAACAGACAGAUCCACGUUGUACUUCAGAUGCACAGCUACAUGCAUUUCUCCUCAGUGGACCAGCUUUGCCAGGGACUCCAUCUGCAACAUCCUCACCUUUAAAGCAAGAACAGCCCUUAUUCACCCUACGGCAGGUUGGGGUGAUCUGUGAACGUUUGUUGAAAGAACGUGAAGAGAAAGUUCGAGAAGAGUAUGAAGAAAUACUGAACACAAAACUUCAGAACAAUAUCUUCCUGCAAAUGGUCUUCUUCCCUGAAGUGGGGAGAUGCUUCUGGCAGCCCAGAGUCACAUUCUUCCAGCAUUGUGACCCCCAAGUGCUCACCCGCUCCAUCCGGCCAGUCUCCUCUCUGCUCAAGCUGAGUCCGUUCCGGCCUAUGCCCAGGCCACUCUUCUGCAAAAAGCACCCUCCACACCUCAAACUCCACUUUUCCUCAGCCACAGAAAUUCUGCCCGUCCUCCAAGGCUCCUCCUAA